GGCUGCGCUGCUCGCGAGCGGAUCGGGGCCGGGCAUGCUGGGAUCCGCUCUGGGAACCGUCACCGCUGCCACCGCCACCGCCGCCGCUGCCACCCGCUGGGCGAGUCUGAGGCGCGGAGAUGAAAUUCCCGGCCUCGGUGUUAGCGUCCCUGUUCCUGUUCGUGGCCGAGACCAUAGCGGCGCUCUACCUGAGCAGCACCUACCGCUCGGACGGGGAUCGCAUGUGGCAGGCGCUGACUUUGCUCUUCUCCCUGAUGCCGUGUGCUCUGGUGCAGUUCACGCUCCUCUUCGUCCACCGCGACCUCAGCCGCGAUCGCCCACUGGUGCUGCUGAUGCACCUGCUGCAGCUCGGGCCCCUGUACAGGUGUUUUGAAGUCUUUUGCCUCUACUGUCAGUCCAACCAGAAUGAAGAGCCUUAUGUGAGCAUCACUAAGAAACGGCAGAUGCCAAAAGAUGGCCUCUCCGAGGAGGUUGAGAAGGAGGUGGGCCAGGCAGAAGGCAAGAUGUUUACCCACCGUUCUGCCUUCAGUCGGGCAUCAGUGAUCCAGGCUUUCCUAGGCUCUGCCCCACAACUGACCCUACAGCUGUAUAUUACCGUCUUACAGCAGAGCAUCACUACUGGAAGAGGCGUCAUCAUGACCUUGUCCCUGUUGUCCAUUGUGUAUGGAGCCUUACGUUGCAACAUCUUAGCCAUCAAAAUCAAGUAUGAUGAGUAUGAGGUCAAAGUCAAACCCCUGGCCUAUAUCUGUAUCUUCCUAUGGAGAAGCUUUGAGAUUGCCACUCGGGUCAUCGUCCUGGUCCUCUUUACCUCUGUCCUGAAGAUCUGGGUGGUGGCAGUCAUACUUGUCAACUUCUUCAGCUUCUUCUUAUACCCUUGGAUCCUUUUCUGGUACAGUGGUUCCCCAUUCCCCGAGAACAUUGAGAAGGCCCUGAGCAGGGUGGGUACCACCAUCGUACUAUGCUUCUUCACGUUACUCUACGCUGGUAUCAACAUGUUCUGCUGGUCAGCUGUACAGCUCAAAAUCGACAGUCCUGACCUCAUCAGUAAAUCUCAGAAUUGGUACAGGCUGCUGAUUUACUACAUGAUGAGAUUCAUCGAGAACUCUGUCCUCCUGCUCCUGUGGUAUUUUUUCAAAACUGACAUAUACAUGUAUGUGUGUGCGCCUCUGUUGAUUCUGCAGCUGCUGAUUGCGUACUGCACGGGCAUUCUUUUCAUGCUUGUGUUCUAUCAGUUUUUCCACCCUUGCAAAAAGCUCUUCUCUUCCAGUGUUUCUGAGAGCUUUAGGUCAUGUCUCAGGUGUGUCUGCUGGUCCCGGGUGAGAAGAAAAUCCACUGAGAUAGUAGUAAAGGCAGACACGGACUUAAAGUCACACACGGAUCAAGACCAAGAACAUAAUCAAGAUGUAACACCUUCUACCAGUAUGUUAAGUCCUGAGCCCACUGAGACGUGGAGUGCUGUUGAUCUGUGCUCUGCUUAAUGGAACCUGGGGCUUCUUACGAGAAAGGGAUAUUGUGUUCUGGGUUAAUAACUAUUCUUCAUACAAGUAAUGAGCCCUGCACAGGGAAUAAGGCAGGAAAUGAGCUGUCAACGCCUUGUGAGCUGCUGCCUUUUCUCGAGCUCUUUGCUUUGAGCCAGCUGUGGAGAGCACUAGGGAAGCAAGCCUACGACCCCACAGUUUGUUUCACAGUUGACUGUGUUAGGUUCUUGCAGAGGCCUUACUGGCCAUUUCAUUGACACAGUACUCCUGAAGUUUCAGUUGAGCUGGUCAUAUUCAUCGGAUAUAAUGAAGAGAAAUGCUUGUUUUCUACACUGUUGUCCCCGUAGCCUGAUGCUUUACUACUACUGAAUAUAGCUUUUUUUAUUUAUUUAUUUUUUUUUUUUUGGUUUUUCGAGACAGGGUUUCUCUGUGUAGCUUUGCGCCUUUUCCUGGAACUCACUUGGUAGCCCAGGCUGGCCUCGAAUUCACAGAGAUCCGCCUGGCUCUGCCUCCCGAGUGCUGGGAUUAAAGGCGUGCGCCACCACCGCCCGGCGAAUAUAGCUUUUAUACAAAGGUCACCGUGAUAGUUGGAAUAGGUUGCUAGGGAUUUUACAACCUCAUUCUUAUCAUAGCGUACAGGGAGAGCUGUUUGAGUUUGUUUUAUCAGUGUGUUUCAUUUUCACCUCAUUAAGACUUUUUGUGCAUAACCAGCUGUAGCCACUCUGGCAUGCAAUCUUCAUCGGUUUCAAGGGCCUAGGUGUGGGGACUUUAUUCCCGAGGAGCUGUUGGCACAGUUAUUUAGGAAAGCUGAGUUUCAUUCCAUAUGUUGACGAAAUUAGGGAUCAGGAUGGACUGGAACAGUUGUUAGACCAUCAAAAUGACGGGAGUGUAUACAGAUAAAACUGUUAACUUCUCCAAAUGUCUGAAGAUAUGAAUUGGUUAGAAGGUAGGCUCAAUUCUCCUUAUAACUCAGUCCUGUCCUAUAAUUCUGGGAAAUUUCUAGAAGAGUUUGCUAAAAUUAAUAUUUUAAGGAAGAAGAAAAUAAAACUAAUAGUUUUCAUUCCUAUCACCUUCUUCCUCAUCUGCCAGGAAGUUUUGUUUUGUUUUGUUUUGUUUUUUUAACAAAAUUGAGCUUAGUUUGUUUGCUGUUGUUUCUAGAAAACCCUAUAGAAAUCUUUUCCCCAAUUCAAGCAUAUAGGACAUCUUAGUUUUCAUGAUUUGAAGAAAGAAGUGUUUCCCCUCGUUACCACCCCUAUUAGAAACGUUUUAAGUUAGAGAAAGUAGUGAGAUGAACGGAUGUUCUUCAUGAAAUGCAUUUUGACUUGAUGUAAUUAUGAGUUCAUUUUAAUAAGAUCUUCAUUUUUAUCUGCUGUGAAAUUUCUCUUUAAUCUGCAACUAUUUAUUUUUAUUUUCCUUUAAAAGGGUCGGGUAGAAUAUUAUCACUAGUCUGAUGAAAAUACCUGUAACCAGUACUAUUAUUUCUAGCACUAAAAUUUGGAUAAUGAAAUGUCUAGAAACAGAUGACCAUAACGUUUACACCAAUUUAAAAUGAGAGUUGUAGCAAAAUUGAAGAAAUUUGCAAAGGUACCUCUGUUUAUGGCUUCUAUGAGAUAGAGCAGGCAUUUACUUUUCUGGCCACAUAAAUUAGUAAAACUCAUUUAUCUGGCUAUUAUACUAGUAAUAAUUUGCUUUUUAACUCUUUGGUAUCAAAUUGAUGAGUAAUUUCAUAAACAUGAGAAUUAAUUUGGUAAAUAAAUUUCACUAUACUAGAGGCUUCGUAAAACAGUAAAUAUUCUUUGACAUGUCAUUCACACUGUUAAUAUUUAUACCAUUUUAUUAUGCAUAUGCAGUAAGGUCCUAAACUGUGGGAUGGCCAUUUUACUUUCAGGAGGUAUUUUUCCUCAUUUGUAAUACACCUGGUUUGUCAGUAUUUAUACUUUAAUUUUAUGAGAAUCCACAGGCAGUACAUCCAUUUUGACUACUUUUAACAUAUAAAAAUGAAACUUAAGGUUGUCUGUUCUCUGUUGACCCACAUACCACUUUUCCUAUUUUUAAUAGGACUAGAUAAAGUUAGCAUACAUCAUCAAAAUGAUACUUUAUACAAUAGAUAUUUCUCUGUACUUUGUAUAUUAACAUAUUAAGAGCUACAAAACUGUAAUACAGGGGGAAAUGUCUUUGAAAAUAUAUAACAACUACAGGUAAACCAAAGCUAAGAUGUUAAGGCACUCUUGUUUUGGUUAUUUCAUAAUUUAAAGUGUUCAGAAUGAAUAAUAGAGUAGGCAAUCUGUUCCUACGUCAUUCCAAAAUUUCCUUCAUUCUGUUUACAGACACCACAUGUUUUCACUCUUUCAAGUGAAAGACCAUCUUUCCUUGAAGAUUCGCAGUGACUGGGGGUAGAGGUGGUGAUACUGUUUUCCAAUUUCAGGUUCUGCCUUGGGACUGAGACUAGAGUCAACUACCAGCUUGUCACUUACUAGGCAGAUUCAGAAUUAGACAAGGGUAAGAACACUUGUAUUUUCCCAGCCUGCUUUGGAAACAUGACCCAAAAUAUUUUUAAACUCUUAAUUUUCAAAUAUAUUGUAAGCCCCUUUACUUUAGACAGUUGGUAAACAUCUUGAAUGACCUCAAACAAAACUAACAGUGAUAAACUGUCAGGCAUGGAAGGCCCAAUUCAAACUUUAUAAAGACUGAUUUUUCUUUUUUAGCAAAUUAGAUAUUAUUUCAGUCUCUUGGCAUAUAGGCAUUUUCCCAGGAGCUUACUUAAUUACUCUAUGUCUCAGCUUCCUCACUCACCAAAUUAAGAUGAUACACUUGACCAACUUACCUCACAAACCUGUUGGAAAGAUUUCAUUAAGUAAUAGAUACAAAAAUAUUUUUAAAAUAUUUUCAAAAUACCUUUUAAAGAGUUGUUAUAGUAUUCAAGACCAUAAACAGGUUAUUGUUUGUGUUUUGUUUUGUUAUUUACUGUCUGAAACGAAAUAAGUAGUUUCAUCCACAUCAGUGUCUUGAGUGAACAUAUAGUUCUUUGGUCUUCUCUGCAAUUACCCUCUCUUACCAUCAGUUGAUUACAAAAUUUAGUGCUCAGGGCAUGUGAGAUGGCUCAGCAGGGAAAGUUGCCUUCUGCCAAACGCAACACCCUGAGUUCCAUCCUUGGGAUCUACACGGUGGAAGGAGAGAAACAGUUUCUACAAGUUGUUGUCGGAUUUCCACAAGCACACCCUGUUGUACACACAGAGAAUCUCUCUCUCUCUCUCUUACACACACACACACACACACACACACACACACACACACACACACACACACACAAUAAAUAAAUAAAUAAAUAAAUAAAUAAAUAAAUAAAUAAAUAAAUAAAUAAAUGCAAUAAAUAUUUUAAAAAUAGCCCCAAGCCCUUAGUACUUGGCAGAAAAAAAGAAGACCCAGUGGAUCUGAGAAAGUGCUUCUGAUGGGAAAGAAGUUUAUUGUCUUGAUAUAUUUCAUAAAGAAUCUUUUGAUGAUUGUACAGUACAACUUGAAUGGCUUGUUCAAAGCAUUAAUUAAAUGUGAAUGUAAUCUGUUCAUUGUAGUAAAUGGGAAAAUAAGCAUUAGCAUUAAUUGUCUUGACAACGCAGCAUUUCCUUGGGAUCUCUCUUACCACAUUUAGUAUGGUUGUAUGUGCCAGUACAUCUCAGCUAAUGAAUUGUGGAUAUGAACUUUUGUGGACUGCUUCUCUGAGUCACUGGCUCAAAUAUUGUUUAUGUUUCUUCAUAUAAUAAAUUAAUUUUUUUCAA